UCAGGACGUCGAUGUUUAGAUUUCCCGCCUUCUGUCAAUAGAUCAUGUGACCUACUUGUCCAAAAUGGUGGACAAUAAUGAGUUCUAUGGACGCUGCAACACAUGAAAAUGAAGGAGCCUCACUCUCCAGAUCCUGGGAAAGGAUUUUUAAAAACAAAAAAUAAAUUUCGUUCACGGAUAUUAGCUAAGAAGCUGAUACAUGUUCCGACCAGUCGUCUGGUGGCGUCCAGUCACAUUCUCCGUAACACCGUCCCCACCCAGGACUGUGAUGUACUUGUCACCUUCCCAGCCGACACUGACACCACCACCCUCGUGUGGCUCCUGGACCGACUCAGAGCCAGGUCCCCCCACCUCAUCAUCCAUGUCCAUCACCAUAGCAACACCAAAGGCUCCAUGUUCCAUCUGACUGCAACUUAUGAGGGACUUCUUAAAGGAGCAGAAGAAUUAGGAAUUCAGAAACUCCUGAAAGAAGAACUUGGAGGUGGAAUGAAAGAAUUUUCAGUUGAAGAACAAGAGUGCUUUAAGAACAUUGAGGAUGAGAACCUCUUCUUUAGUAGUCAGGAGAGACAGAGCAUUAUAUGCCAUCUGUUGGAUAAUCUGAGAGCUAUUCAAGGGGAACAACUGGGGAAAGUGAAAUUUGUGGAAGGCCAGUCUAUUGUUCCACUGUUGGAAUCCAAGAAAAUCAUUUCCCAAGUGUUCCCUCUCCACUGUAAGCAGUCCGUUAAGGAGUUGAGGAAGACCUGGGUACAGGCAGUCUUCUCCCCUCAGCCCCUAGAUAAAAUAAAGGAUUACUUUGGAGUAAAAAUAGCCCUGUACUUUGCCUACCUAGGACACUACACCCUGGCCCUGUGUUUACCAGCCUUUGUUGGACUAGGAAUAUGGAUCAUGCAGUGGCAGGCAGACCAAGAGUGGGAUGAUGAACUUUUUAUUGGCUUUGCCUUGUUUAAUGCUCUCUGGGCCACAAUAUACCUGGAACACUGGAAAAGGAAAAGCUGUGAGCUGACCUAUAACUGGGGCACUCUAGAUUCACAUAAAGAGAUGUUAGAGGACCCCAGGCCCCUGUACACUGGGAGACUGGAAGCCAGUCCUGUGACAGGCAGACUGGAGCCAUUUUAUCCCUCCUGGAAGAGAAAUCUGUUUCGAUAUUUUGUGUCCUACCCUGUCAUUGUUUUAUGUCUUCUGGUUGUGUUCGUUAUCAUGCUUUUAAUUUUUGAGGUCCAGGAAUGGAUCAACUCUCUUGUAAACAAUGGUGACGUUCCAGGAUUCUUCUCCUUUCUCCCCAAAAUCCUCCUGGCUGUGUCCAUUGGAGUGUUAGAUGAAAUUUAUAAAACCAUUGCUAAAUGGCUAAAUGACUUAGAAAAUUACAGACUAGAAGAAACAUACUGGAACCACUUGAUUGUAAAGUUAGUUCUGUUUCAGUUUGUGAACUCUUUCCUGUCUCUCUUCUACAUAGCAUUUUAUUUACGAGACAUGGAUAGACUCUGUGAUCAAUUGGCAGCAAUCUUAAUUACUCGUCAAAUCAUUGGGAAUCUAAAGGAGGCUUUUUUGCCAUACCUACAAUGGAAAGCCAAACUCUACAAAGUCGGUUACGAAAUGACAAAAGAUCUCAUUAUUCCUGAGGGGAAGGCAGUUUCCUCUAAUCUCAAGGCUUCAUCGAAUCAGGAUUUUCCAGAAUCCAUUGUGAAUGAUGAGGAGUUAUCUUCUCCUGAACAGCCUAUCACUGAUAAGCAGGAACCUGUUAAUGGGGAUUUUAUACAAAGUGACUGUGUUCAGGGUUCUUGUGAUGUUAGACAGAGAAAAACCUGUGAAGGAGAACUAAAGGGAGAUAAUGAACUCCAGGAGAUCAAAGAAAAAUGGGGAAAACCCCUCUCUCUCACCCAGGCUGAGGUGGAAAGUGCCAUGAAACAGUAUGAGGACACCUUAGAGGACUACCUAGAGAUGUUUAUACAGUUUGGUUAUGUGACCCUCUUUUCCUCUGCCUUCCCUUUGGCUGCUCUUUGUGCUCUGCUGAACAAUAUAGUGGAGAUCAGAAGUGAUGCCUUCAAACUCUGUAUGACCUACCAGAGACCAUUUGGUAGAUCUGUAGAGAACAUUGGGACAUGGCAGGAUGCCUUGGAGUUGAUGGGGGUCAUUGCUAUCAUUGUGAACUGUGCUCUGAUAGGAGUAUCAGGUCAGGUCCAGAGAAUGGUUCCAGGGGCCUCCACAGAAACUGUCAUACUUAUCAUUGUUCUCCUAGAGCAUAUAAUUUUGGGGCUGAAGUUUUUGAUAGCCUAUGCCAUUCCAGAUAUUCCAGAGACGAUAGAAACCGAAAGAGCCAAACUAGAGUUUCGAAGGAGGGAAGCUCUAAAAAAAUUUGAGGCAGAGAUGCAGUCUAUAGCAACCAGCAGUUCAGCUGAAAUUCGGGAGAAGAUAUUGGCUCGACAGAAAUCUCGUCGUGAAAACUCACAUCAAAGUGAGGCUAAACAAGAAGCCACAGAGAAAGAUAUAAACAUUACAGGAGAAGAAACACCCACUGACAAAGAGGCAGCUCUCUAAGGAAGACAUAUGUUUUAAUUCCUCAUUCCAUCUUCAUUUCUUUCAACCUUUCUUUGAUCAUGGCAGAUCUUUAUCCUCACAAACGAUCCAAAACACAGAACCUGAAAACAGUGCAUUUAUGAAUUAUUUAUGUAAUUCAGUGGAUAUUACCAACAUUUUGCAUUCUAGUUGGACUCGGUAGAAAGACAUGAUUGAGCUCACUUUCAUAACAAAUUAGGCAUACUGAAAACUUUGUAAUUUGGUGCAUCUAUUGAUCUUUUUUAUUGAAUCGAUUCAGUAUUUCAAGUGUAUUUAGCUUUACUUUUGAAAAGGGGAGGGAAUCUGAAAUAUUUUCCCAACAAUAGAAUAUCGGUAUUUUUAUGGCUAAAGUUUUUGUGCGCAUUGAAAAUCUGCAUGAAAAAAAAUAGCUUUUUAAUCAGAAGCCAUGUGAAAAAUUAUGAAAAUGUAAAUGCUUUUAGAAAAACAUAUUUUAGAAUGAUGUUUCUUUUUUUUAACUUCUCUCUGAUAUAGAAUUUGCUCAACUAAAAUUACUUUUUGUGUACACUGGUUUUAAGGUCCUGUUUUAGAGCAUAUGGGUUGAGAGUACUCCCCAUGUUUGUCACUCUGUCCAUCUGUCAGUUUGUUGAUGUAAUAAUGCCUUAUCUUUAGUAUCUUUCAACCUACUGACUUCUGUGACAAACAACGUGUAUGUAAAUGGAGCAUGGCCAGAAGAAGAGAUGUGUAACUUUUUUUUUGCUCACUUGAUCAAAGGUCAAGGAUAUUGUCAGAAUAAUUUUCAUUAUAAUUGACAUAUUAUUUUGUAUAAUUUUGAUCUUACUGACUUCAUACAUGGAGUGUAAAUGCAAGGAAUGGUUGGAAAAAGACAGCUGCAGUUUUCAGGGUUUCUUGGUCAAAGGUGAAGGUCAAAGCUGGAAAAUAUUGAUAUAACCAUUUUAGAGAAAACAUUUUAGAGUCACUUGGUCAAAGGUUAGGGGAUAAUGAUACGAUUAUCUUUAUUUGCAAUACCUUGGAUAUAUUGUAUCCUACGUACUUCAUAGAAAGUAUAUGUGUGUACAUUUGAUUUCUUCUUGUUUAGAGAAGGGUGAAGGUUAUACAUACCGGGGUACUUUAUGAUGUUAAAUCAAAUUAUUUGGGUGUUUGAGACUUGAUUGAAUGUUUGUUGUAUUUAAAGUGUAGUGUUAUCAUUAUUAAAGGUCAUGUAUAGUGGGAAUAAGUAGAUAUGCUUGAUAAAAGGUCGGGAUUUUUAGAUUUGGGUGCAGACUGCAGUAUAAUUUGUUUUAUCCAUUUUAUCAGUAUUUCCGAGUCCUUUUUUUUAAAUUCUCAUUUGUACAAUUUUUUUUAUAUUUUAUACUUUUUAAAAAAUAUUCUUUCUUUUUUUAUGUGGCAGGGUUAUCAUAUGAAUUUUUAUCAUGUGUUCAUAUCA